UGUCUGAUGGACAGGAUGAAGGAGAGGAGAUGGAGGAAGGUAUGGAAGGGGAGGAACAAGUUGCUGAGUAUAAGAAAUCAAACUUAAGCCCAAAUUUUGAAAAAGAAGGCAAGAAAUAUGAUUUGUCUAGGAGGCAAAGAAGAUCUAGAGCUAAAGAUGAUGAUUAUGAGCAUGAUAGGGAGGAAGAGAAAAGAAAGAAAGGCAAGAUCAGGUGCUAGUUUAAGUUACUUGCACAAGAAAAGCCCUUAUAAGGAAAAGAUUAGUAACAAUGACUCCUCCUAUAGACAGAGGUUAAGAUCUAGUGGAAGUAAUUCUGGUGAGAGUCUGGAGGUGCAAGCAACAACAAGUGAGAGUGUGCUAGAUGACGCAGAAGACCUGCCACAGGACUCAAGUCAAAGUAGCAAGGACCUAAAAGCUUACAGACACUUGUCUCCUUACAGGAAAAGUGUAGGUAAUCAAAGACACGACUCCCCGAACAAGAGAAGUAUGGAUAAUCAAAGGCACCUGUACCUGUCUUCGAACAGGAGAAGUAUCAAUAGUCAAAUGCUGUCUUCCCCAAACAAGAGAGGAUCAGGUAAUCAAACGCUGCCAUCCCCAAACAAGAAAAGUAUGGAUAAGCAAAGACAAAUGUCCCCAAACAGGAGAAGUAGGGAUAAAAAAACAAUGUCCUCACCAAAAAAGAAAAAUAUGGAUAAGCAAAGGCACUUGUCACCAAACAGAAGUACUGGUAAACAAAUGCUGGCAUCCCCAAACAGGGGUAGUAUGGAACAGAGAAGGGGAAGUUAUGAGAGUGAUAGAAAUUAUGAACUUGAUCUUAACAACAGGGAGAGUCUGAAUAAUACAGAGAACGCAAGGAGAUCUGUAUCAAGAUCUAGUGACAAAGCACUACAGGAUCAGAAUGAAAAGAAAGCACAUUCAGAAAGAGAGAAACAAUUAACAAGGAAAUCCUCUAUAGAGCAAAAUGUCUUGGAUAAAGAUGUAUCUGAAGGACAGACUUCUGAAUCUGAAGAGGAAGAAUCUACAGGUGAAAGAAAGGAGUCUCUUUCUGAGAGCAGGCCUAGGGCUGAUGUUCCACCAGGAGGCACUAGUGAUGAGGAGGAAGCCAUGGAGGAGGCCGCUGAUGGUGAUGUGGAACAGGAUGUCACAAUGAAUGAUAUGUUACAGGACAAUAUCUCUCAUGACAAGAGCAUAGCCUCAGUAAUGAUCAGGUCAUCCAUACAGGAUACACCAGUAACUAAUUGGUCUCCCAAAAACCUUAAUAAAAGACGUCUUAUUAACAAAAUCAAUGAUGACAAAGGGAAGGAUGAUGAUGAUGAUGAUGAUAAUGCCAGGGAGAAGAAUGAUGAUGAGAAGGAGGAUGAAGACGAUGCCAGUGUUCAGGCUACUUCAUCAGAACCAUCACUACCAAAACAGAAAAAAAUCUCCUUUUCUUCUGAAACUAAAAAUCCAGAAAAAGAAAAAAGAGCUCGAUAUGUACACAAGGUUGAACUAUGGCAAGGUGAGAUGGAAAAGCGUCCCAAGAGAUCUGCCCUGGAUCUUGACAUUGUCUUCAACCACCUAGAUAAAGAAAUGCAACAGCAUGUUUCAAGAGGUAAAGAUAACCUAAACACGAUUCAGAGAAAGGAAUGCCACCUGCUGAGUCGUGUUCGCAAAUCAAUCAUCAAUACUAUAGAGGCUGUUGAAGAUGUAAGACAAAAAAGAUCAGAUAUUUUACGGACAAAAAGAAAUAUUAAGGAUUACAGGACUGAGCUGACGGAGCUGCAACAGAGAAAUAUCAGACUUUCUGAGAAGCUCGAAAACAAGGAGAAUGAAAAGAAAUAUCGAAAGAAAUUACUGAGUGACUGGAUCUCAGACUUUGAAAAUUUGAUGCUAGCAUCUCGUAAGAUCAAAUCUAAAACAACAACAAAGGAUAUGGUUGUAUUUGGCUACCAACCCAACAUUAAGUGUACAGCCUUCAUGCAUCUGCAGUGGAUUAUUUCAUUGUGGCAGAUCCCAGGCCACCUUGCUACAUAGCUGGUUAUAUGAAAAUUGGCAUCACAUGUUGUCUGAAUAAAGAAUUGCAUGACAGUGGA